AAAGCCCAGUGGAGCCUCGUGUUGUGCAUGAAUCCUUAUGCGGUUAAAUGGUGCCUGGCGCGCAGGAAUCUCCUCUGCACAACAGAAAAGCCUCUGACUGGUUAGGAAAACCAAAGCAGCACUGAGCGCAGAGACGCGCGGCGCCUCAUCCAACCAGCGCCAGUCCCACGAAACCGGGGUAAAACUACACGUUUAAACCAUUAAAGUGGCUGCAACUGGACGCUUCUGCUGCUUCGGAUUCUUGCUCUCCAUUCAGCCUCGGAGAGCUUCUCCCGAAGUGGAACUAAUAGCGGAUCUGAUCACAGAUGAAUUCAGCGAAGUUAUCAGCAUUUGGAAGUGAGAAGUUUGAUAGCAGGGGAGAAAAUCCAAGUGGAUUACUUCUGGAGUAGCCCGCAACGAUGCCUCCGACUGAUCCCAACUCUGAUUCUAAUAGAAAUUCACUCUCCGGGGAGCAGUUCUGAACAGUAUUAUCUGUAUUAUUGCGGAGUUCAGGAACUCUCCUCCACACGGAUCUCCAUCAUCGGCUCCGCAGGAGAAGUUGUGAUUUAGAUGAAAUAGACCGCAAAGCGCCAUCUAACUGGAUUUACACCGUUUCGAGCUGCUCUUGAAUGAUGCCUGCCUGUCUGACGGGGAUUUACUGUCUACUGGCAUUUCUACAGAUUUGUUCAGGGUCUCGUCUCCGCCAGGAAGACUUCCCUCCCCGCAUUGUGGAGCACCCCUCUGACCUCAUUGUGUCCAAAGGGGAACCAGCCACUCUCAACUGUAAGGCGGAGGGCCGUCCAACCCCCACGGUGGAAUGGUACAAAGAUGGGGAGCGCGUUGAGACGGACCGCGACAACCCCCGCUCCCACCGCAUGCUGCUGCCCAGCGGGUCCCUCUUCUUCCUACGUAUCAUCCAUGGACGACGGAGCAAGCCCGACGAUGGCAGCUACGUGUGCGUUGCCCGAAACUAUCUGGGCCAGGCGAUCAGUCACAAUGCAUCACUGGAAGUAGCCAUUUUACGUGAUGACUUCAGACAGAACCCAGUGGAUGUCAUGGUCGCAGUGGGGGAGCCGGCUGUGCUGGAGUGCCAACCACCUCGUGGGCACCCUGAACCCACCAUCUCCUGGAGGAGAGAUGGAACCAACUUAGAUGACAGAGAUGAACGCAUCACAAUUCGCAGCGGCAAGCUGAUGAUCACCAACACCAGGAAGAGCGAUGCAGGGAAAUACAUCUGCGUUGGGACCAACAUGGUGGGAGAGAGGGAGAGCGAGAUCGCCGAACUCACUGUGCUUGAGCGGCCAACCUUUGUGAAGCGGCCCAGCAGUGUGGUGGUGUUGGCUGAGGAGAGCGUGGAGUUCCACUGUGUGGUUCAAGGAGACCCUGUUCCCACUGUUCGCUGGAGAAAAGAUGAUUCUGACCUGCCUAAGGGGCGAUUUGAAAUCCUAGAAGACCAUACCUUGAUCGUUCGCCAAGUGACCUCUUUAGAUGAGGGCUCCUAUACGUGUGUGGUGGAGAACAUGGUUGGAAAGUCUGAAUCAUCCGCCACGCUCACCGUACACGUCAAUACUGUACCCCCAGCAUUUGCUAUACGCCCCAGGAACCAGGUGGUGGCAGUGGGCAGGACGGUCACCUUCCAGUGCAAGGCCACUGGCAACCCACAGCCCGCUAUCUUCUGGCAGAGGGAGGGCAGUGAGAGUUUGCUGUUCUCGUACCAGCCGCCACAGCCCUUUAGCCGUCUGUCUGUCUCCCAGAUGGGCAGUUUGACCAUUACCGACGUUCAGCGCUCUGAUGGCGGCUUUUACAGUUGCCAGGCUCUCAACAUCGCUGGCAGUGUUAUUACCAAAGCACUGCUGGAGGUCACAGACUCUGGAUCAGACCAUCCUCCCCCUGUGAUUAGACAGGGCCCACUCAAUCAGACCAUUCCUGUGGACAGCACAGUGGUCCUGGGUUGCCAAACAGCUGACUUUCCAUCUCCUACGGUCCACUGGAAGAAGGACGGUGUCCUGGUUUCUCCCAUGGACUCCCGCAUGUCCAUAGCAGACACAGGAUCACUAGAGAUUCGCUACGCUAAGCUGGGAGAUACAGGCUUCUACACUUGUGUAGCUUCUAGUCCCAAUGGAGAAGCUUCCUGGACAGCAUACUUACAGGUGGAGGAGUUUGGAGUUGUUGUUCAGUCCAGUCAGCCGAUAGACCCUAGUCUGAUUCCUAGUGCUCCGUCCAAACCCGAGGUGACUGACAUCAGCCAUACCACUGUCACUCUGUCGUGGAAAACAAACCCCAAUGCUGGUGCAACACCUACAUCUUACCUGAUUGAGGCAUUCAGUUAUACGUUAGGAAGCAGAUGGGUGACCCUAGCUGAGCAUAUAAAGACACAGACCUUUGUACUGAGGAACCUGAGGCCAGCAACUGUCUACCUCUUUUUGGUCAGAGCGGUGAAUGCUUACGGCCUUAGUGACCCCAGUCCAAUCUCUGACUCUGUCAGAACACAGGACAGCACUUCCACCAUGCAGGGAGUGGAUCACCGACACAUCCAGAGGGAGCUGGGAGAUGUAGUUAUCCACCUGCACCCACCAACUGUUCUUUCAUCUUCUGCUGUCAGGAUGCAGUGGAUGGUCGAGCAGCAGUCCACAUACAUCCAGGGUUACAAGGUGCUUUACAGGGCAUCCGCUGAGCAUGGCCAGCCAGAGGGCCAGUGGAGUGUCCUGGAAGUACACGCCCCACGGGAGGACGGGGUGGUAAUCGGUCAGCUGAAGCGAGGCUCCAUCUACGAGUUCAAAGUGCGCCCUUUCUUUGAUGAGUUCCAGGGAGCUGACAGUGAGGUGAAGGUGGUCAGGACAUUGGAAGAAGCCCCUAGCAGAGCACCCCAGGGUGUUACAGUGACAAAGAGUGAGACCAAUGGGACCGCAAUCCUCGUUGCUUGGAGACCGCCUCCGCAACAGGAAGAAGCUGGAGUCAUUCAGGAGUACAAGAUCUGGUGCCUGGGUAAUGAGAGUCGCUAUCACGUUAACCAGUCGGUCGACGGCUCCAUCUUCUCUGUGCUCAUCUCCAAUCUGGCACCGGGAAUUCGCUACAGCGUAGAAGUUGCCGCCAGCAAUGGUGCUGGACCUGGUGUCAGGAGUGAUGUCACUUUUUUCCAAUUAGACUCUGCAGGCCAGAUGAUGGAUAUCAGUGAGGAAAGAGACACGUUGUCUCAGAUCUCAGAUGUGGUGAGGCAACCGGCAUUUAUUGCUGGCAUUGGCGCCACCUGCUGGUUGGUCCUCAUGAUCUUCAGUGUGUGGCUCUACCGUCACCGCAAGAAGAGAAGUGGCCUCAGCAGCACAUACACCGGCAUCCGCAAGGUCCCCUCAUUCACCUUUACACCUACAGUGGCGUAUCAGAGAGGAGAAUCUGUGUGCAGUGCUGCCAGACCCGGCCUUCUCAGCAUGGGUGAACCUUUAAACCAGCUGUGGCUGCCAGACAAUUGGCCAAAUGCAUGUGCCAAUCACAAGGACUGUAGCAUCAACUGCUGCAAUAAUGGCAAUGGCACCAGUGACAGCAACAUGACAACAUACAGCCGACCAGCUGACUGCAUAGCUAACUAUGGAAACCACACAGAAAACAAACAGGGGGGACAGCUUGGUUCUGAGACGGCCAUUUACAGCGAUGUGAACCUCUCCAACAAGCUCAAUGAGAUUAAAACGUUCAACAACUCCAACUUGUGCUACGCGAGUCCGGGAGGAGAUUCAGCAGCCACAUAUGAACCCAUCCCAUAUGCCACCACACAGCUCAUUCAAGCCGGCAUUAAAAAUAAGGCAGGCACUGGUGUCGCUAUGGCAGAGCCUCUGGACAUGCCCUGCUGGAAACAGCCCCCCAACCUGCCUCCAUUACCAAAGGAGAUGGCAGCACAGAUGCAAUACAACAUAAUUGAGCAAAACAUGCUAAAUAAAGAUCAUCUGCAAGGAAGUGAAGGAAUGAUCCAUCCUAAAACCAUCCCUUACAACCAGACCCGGGCCCACAGCUCAGGAGGCUCACACCACAGCUCAGACAGAGGCAGCAACAGCACCUCAGGGAGUCAAAAUCAAAAGAAAGGAACACGGGCCCCAAAGAUCCCAAAACAUAAUGCAGUAAACUGGGGAGAAGCUCCGUCUCGUCCUCACGCUAAUGCAUGGGACUGUGAUGAGUAUAGCCUACCCAUGGAAAGGAGUUUUGAUCCAGAGGAGAGAAUGGAAGGCUGCCCUCCUCCACCACUUAGAGGGACUGCCUCCUCCCCUCCUGAAGUGUCUCAUAGUCACCCACCUAACGCAACACCACAGGGAGACCUGAGCAAUGGCCUGCACGAUGAAACCGAGCACCUCAGCCAACACAAUAGCGGCCACCCUCGCCCUUUUUCCCCAACACACACCUACAGCUCCAUACCCUUCUGCAUGGACACCGAUGUACAGGAGGAGGAUGAGGAGGAAGAGGAGGAGGAGGCAGAAGAGGAGACAGACGCAGAGCUCGCUGACAGUAACUACAGCCAACACCACAAACGGCAGAAGCACAAACACCAGCUGCACCAUCCCUCUCCACACAAUCUGCUUCUUCAUGGGCUGGAGCAGACCCCAGCCUCCAGCACUGGGGAUCUGGACAGAUCAGUCACGGGGUCCAUGGUCAACAGCUGGGGCUCAGCAUCUGAGGACAACAUCUCAUCUGGCCGGUCCAGUGUUGUCAGCACCUCGGAAGGAUCCUUCUUUACAGACGGCGAUUUCAACCAGGCAGUGGCCUCUUCGCGGGAUAUUGUAGGCCUGCGCAUGUGCAGAUACCCAGAGGAGUCAGGGCGGAGGCACCAGCGGCCCAGCAGCCCCAUGUCCACAGACAGCAACAUGAGUCCUGCAAUAACACAUAAAAGACCCAGACGGCAUAAACAGAACCAGUUUGGUCAACAGGGCUACCAACCCAAAGAUAUCUUCAACGACGACUCGUGCAUGCCUUUGAAUUUUCCAAGCCAGAUGUCCCACAGCGACUAUAAAGUGAGGGGGGCCACGCUGCCUCGGAUGGGCUCUGGGGAGGCCCGGGGUCGACGGGGCAGCGCCGGGACUCACCGGGUCAGGGAGGCUUCACUUGAGCAGAGAGAGAGCAAGGACAAGCACAAGACUCCACUAGGAGGGAAAGGAAGCAGCAAAAGCCGACAGCACUCAGAAUUUGGGGAUGUCCUUCUGUACAGUCGUCCCUCUUUCCCAUCAGGUCAAGCUCAGAGGGAGCCUGAUGAUACUAAUUCAUCCAGCUUUAUGUCAUGUGGAGACUUAAGGACCAAACAGGGAGGACAGCUGGCACCUACAGGACAGGUGGAAGAGUUCCUGAAAAGCUAAGAAGCAAUCCGAGCACAAAAGGAAUCCCCUACAGUUGCUUCAGACAAAGGACUAUGACCUUUACAAUGUGG